AUGACUCAACAUGAGAAGAGAUUAAUUGACGAGCACGUCCAAAAUUUGGGCAAAAUACGCAAAGUUGUUCCUGAAGAUGGUCACUGCAUGUUACAUGCAUUUGUACUUGGAUUAGAAAACUCGCAGUACAAGUUAGUCGAAUUGUUAAAGCCUAUGAUAAAAAAAGAAGUCAUGGAUAACAUUAACUUCUAUACGCCCUUUCUUAACAAUGGCUGGGAGGCUAAACUUGACGAUUAUUUACGUCACAAAAAGUACGACGCGAGUGUAGUUGACCUCAUGUAUCACAUUUUGGCCAAUAUAACUAAUUCUUCAGUUGUCGUUUUCUACCUGCAAGACAAUAAUGUGUGUGAACUUCCGAAGAUCCACCCCAGGAAUGGAGAUUCGGGUUGUGUUAUUUACGUUUCCAGAAUUGGACAGCAUUAUGACGCAGUGUUGGAUAUCGAAUCAGAAAAACGAGUUAAGUUCGAGGGUAGGUUUAGAUAA